CGCUGGUAGGCCUAGACCCAGUGACAUGUCUGGGACUGGGAUUGUGACGAUUUCUGCCUUCACUCCUGGAAACGUUGUCGGCACUCUGGUUCUCGGUUUGGUGAUUUAUGUGUUAUACGAGGGGAUAAGAUUUCUGUUACACGUGCGCUACCUUAGUAACGUAUUCAGGGACGUACCUGGGCCUGACAAUGUCCACUGGCUAUAUGGUAACAUUUUACAGAGUCCAUCAAAUGGGGAGAAAAGAUUGGAGUAUUUAAAGAAUUUGGUUAAACGGUUCCCACGCUUCUACCGUCUGUGGAUUGGUCCCAAACCUGUCAUAAUGCUUACUCAUCCGGACACCAUCAAGAUCCUCCUUAAAACUGCAGAACCAAAAACUGUAGGUUUCGGAGGGGCAUACCGCCACGGACGGCCCUGGCUCGGGGACGGUCUGUUGAUAGCGGGAGGACAGCGCUGGGCGCGGUCACGUCGUUUACUCACACCGGCAUUCCACUUCGAUGUCCUACGUCCGUAUACGGAGGUUUACAACGAGGCUUCAGAGGAACUCCUGAAAAACAUCGGCAUGUGUGCGGAGAAGGGUGAGAGUUUUGAGACUUUCCAUGUGGUGAGUGCCUGUACUCUAGACAUCAUCCUGAGGUGUGCCUUCUCCUACUGUACCAACUGUCAGAACCUCGGUAAAUCCCAUCCAUACGUUACUGCUGUCAACGAGAUUGCAGAAGAAUGGGCAACACGGAACAAAAAACCCUGGUUAUUUCCCGACAUCAUUUUCUAUCUAACCAAGGGCGGACGUAGGUUUAAACGACAGUGUAAAUAUGUACAUGAUGUCGCAGAGGAUGUGAUAGACAAAAGACGGCGCACACUGGAAGCUGGAGGUGUUCCAGAAAAGAAGUACAAAGAUUUCCUGGACAUUCUACUGAUGGCGCGGGAUGAGAAUGGGAAGGGACUCACCAGGGAGGAGAUCCGAAAUGAAGUCGACACAUUCUUAUUUGAAGGUCAUGACACGACAGCCAGUGCCAUCUCGUGGAUACUGUACUCCCUAGCGACACACCCAGAACACCAGGCUAAGGUCCAGGAGGAGAUUGACCACGUCCUGGAGGGCAGAGAGUCUGACCGGCUCCAGUGGGAGGACAUGCCUAAGUUGGAGUACCUGACUUUGUGUAUCAAGGAAGGGAUGAGGCUCCAUAGUCCUGUCCCCUUCAUACAACGAGAGAGUACCCGAGAAUUCAUCAUUGACGGUAAAACCCUGCCCCCGGGGACUAAUCUCUCCUGCAGUAUCUUCUCCGUCCACCACAAUCCCACGGUGUGGAGCCAGUCCGACAAAUUCAUCCCUCAGAGGUUCUCAAAGGAAAACAUCGCACAGAUGGAUUCAUUUGCCUUCCUCCCCUUUGCUGCCGGUCCAAGAAACUGUAUUGGGCAGACUUUUGCAAUGAAUGAGGAGAAAGUCGUCAUCGCAAGGAUACUUCAGAGGUACACUAUCGAACUUGACCCGACUGUUGAAGUGAAAAAACAUCCCGCCGCUGUGAUGAGGAGUAAGAACGGGGUAUACCUAUACGCCAGAGCUCGCCGCUGAUUGGCCACUCGUAAACACACACGGUACGCACGUGUGGUUACCUAAAAACUCAUCUGGGCAUGUUCAUGAUUUCAAAAUUAGUUUGUUUACAUAAAUAAAAUAUACUUUAAACAAUUAAAAGUGCUUGUGACUGUACCAGGUACAUACGUAGUAUGCAGGAUCAUAAAAAAGUAUUUUAUUGUUUUUUUUCUAUGUACUUUAAAUUACUGUACAUAUAUACAUGUAAGUUAAAACUUAUCCGCGACAUGUAAGUUAUCAUAUAUCCAGAAGUUAAAGUGUUCAUAUAUCAAUACUAGAUUCUAUUGUUCUUAAUGGAUAUAUUUAAAAAAAAAGCAUGUAUGCUGAGUCCAGUUGACAAUGUUUGUUAUGUCCACUGUAGAAAUAUUUAGUUUCACUUACGUAUAAUAUCUAUUGAUUUGCAUAUCAAUUAAAAGAAUAAGUCAAUGAUUUGACGCUAGGAACACACUAAAAUAUCCGAUUGUAAUGAUAUGUAAUCCAUGUAAAUUAUCACGUUUGUAUACAACUUCUUAUAUAGUUGGGUGUGUUAUUUAAGAAAUAAUUAACGAUGAUUCGUGUAUUGUUGCAGGAUAAACAACGAGGACGAGGAUAUUUUGCAAUUAAAUUAAAAACGAAGGCCGCAGGCCUGAGUUAUUAAUUAAAAUUGCACAAUAUCCGAGUCCGAGUUUAUUUCUGGAGUAUUUAUUUCUGGAGUAUUGCAUUAUUUGUUGGUGAAAUAUACAGGCAAUACAGUACUACGAUCAAGAGCAUCUAUCAUAUGGCAUUGAUUUUGAAAAAAAAGGAUA